UAGAAGAAUGAAAGGAUUUGUCAGUUUUUAUAUUUGAUGAACUAAUGAGGUCUCUUCAAGCUCAUGAGUCAAGGAUUAACAGAUCGCUUGAAAAAAUCGAAGAAAAAGCAUUUCAGGUGAAAGAGGCAGCCUCCAAAUUCGGAGAAGGUGAUCAUUAAGUGAAUCGAGGCUGCGGAAGAGGAGGAUUUCGUGAUCGAGGUCGUGGACAAAGGUAGAGGAAGAUUCGAAGGACAAAGGCAGUCCUACGAGCAAACAAGCAAUAAGAAUAUAGUUCGGUGUUACCACUGUAAAAGAUAUGGGCACAUAAAGGCAUACUGUCGAUACAAUAAUCAGAGAGCCAAUUUUGCAGAGAAUGAAGUAUCGACAAAUGCUGGAGAUAGUAAGCUUUUUAUGGCUCAUGUAGAAUCUAACCAAAAGGCAAGUGAUAUCUGGUUUGUAGAUAAUGGUUGCUCAAAUCACAUGACAGGCACAAAAUCUAUCUUCAGAGAACUUGAUGAGGUAGAAAAGAUGAAGGUGCAACUUGGAAAUGGUAAGGACUUACAAGUUGAAGGCGAAGGUACGGUUGGUAUUGAAACUAGUCAUGGUAAACUCAAGCUCCUUCAUAAUGUUCAAUUUGUACCCAAUUUAGGAUACAAUUUAUUGAGUGUUGGACAACUGAUGACUAGUGGAUAUUUCAUGAUAGUUGAUGAUGAUGCCUAUGUAAUCAAAGAUAAGCAGACAGGUCAAGAGAUGGUUCGGGUUAAGAUGACCCAAAGCAAAAUGUUCCCAUUUGAAGUUUCAAAUGUGGGAAGUUUUGUUCUUGCUGCUAAACUAAAAGAUGACUAGAAGUUGUGGCACUUACGAUAUGGGCAUUUCAACAUCAAGGGUUUGUCAUUGCUAAAUCAUAGAGGUAUGGUUCUUGGGCUACCGAAAAUUGUCUCUAUUGAUUUAUGUGAAGGUGCAUUUAUGGAAAACAAACCCGGAAGUCCUUUCCUAGUGGGAAGGCUUGGAGAGCCUCUAAGUGUCUUGAAUUGGUUCAUGCUGAUUUAUGUGGACCUAUGCAAACUAAGUCUCUUGGUGGGAGUCGUUAUUUCUUGCUUUUUAUUGAUGAUUAUAGUCGCAUGAGUUGGGUAUAUUUUUUGGAAAACAAGUCAGAGACUUUUGAGAAGUUCAAGCACUACAAGGUUAAGGUGGAAAAGCAAAGUGGAAGAUUCAUCAAAUCUCUUCGUAGCGAUAGUGGUGGAGAAUUCUUGUCCAAGGAGUUCAAGUUUUCUUGUGAAGAAAAUGGCAUUAUAGGGAGCUGACAAUCCCUUACACUCCAGAACAAAACGGUGUCACCGAGAGUAAGAAUCAGACCGUUUUGGAGAUGGCGAGAAGCAUGUUACACACAAAAGGACUUUCGAAUCAAUUUUGGGCAGAGGAAGUAGCAACAUUUAUCUAUUUAUUGAACAUAUCUCCAACAAGGGGAGUCAUGAAGCAAACCCCUUAUGAAGCUUGACAUGAAAGGAAACCAACUUAUUUGAUGAGAAUGUGAGCUGGGAUUGGAAGAGAAAUGAAGAAAAGUUGCAGCAACACGUUCCUUUGGUGAAUGAAGAAUUGGCAAAUGAAGAUCCACAACCGACUUCAUCAAGCUCCGAUGGAUCCUCUACCAGUUCACCAAAUUCAACAUCUUCUACAAGUCCCCCAUCGUCGCCUCAAAGUUUAAACUCUACAGGAUUAUCGGACGAAUCACCAUCAAGAAAGUUUAGAUCCUUAUUUGAAAUUUAUGAACAUUUUGCUUUGAUGAUUUCAGAUCCAAUGUGCUAUGAAGAAGCAGUAGAAAAGAAAGAAUGGUAGAAAGCGAUGGUGGAAGAAUUGGCAUCGAUUGAGAAGAAUGCAACUUGGGAGAUGGUGGAUUUACCGGAAGGCAAAAGUGCAAUUGGCUUGAAGUGGGUGUUCAAGACAAAGUUUGCCGUAGAUGGAAGCAUCCAGAAGCACAAAGCAUGGCUUGUGGCGAAAGGAUAUGCACAGAAACACGAUUUACAAGAAAAGGUCUAUGUAGCGUAACCAGAAGGUUUCAUAAAAGAAGGCAAAGAAGAGAAGGUGUACAAGUUGAAGAAGGCAUUGUACGGGUUGAAGCAAGCUCCUCGGGCGUGGUAUAGCAAGAUUGAUGGCUAUUUUCAACAAAAUGGAUUCAUAAGAAGUGCAAACAAGCCCACAUUAUAUGUGAAAAAGGGAGGUAAAAACGAUUUUAUCAUUGUUUGUCUUUACGUUGAUGAUAUCAUUUAUACUAGUUCCUUUGAAUCCCUUAUCGCUGAGUUUAAGUCACAUAUCAAGAAUGAGUUCGAGAUGUCAGAUAUGGGUUUAUUGCAUUUCUUUCUUGGACUUGAAUUUCAUCAAGUUGAAGGAGGAAUUUUCAUCUCGCAAAGAAAGUAUGCCAAGGGUAUUCUCAACAAGUUCGGCAUGUUUAAUUGCAAGCCUGCAACUACGCUGAUGAAUAUGAAUGAGAAAUUGCAGCAGGAAGAUGGAGUUGAGAUGACAGAUGCUACAAAAUUCAGAAGUCUCGUUGGAGGCUUAAUUUAUCUUACCCACACUCGACCCGAUAUUGCAUUUUCUGUUGGUGUUAUUUCCAGGUUUAUGCAACACCCAUCAAAGAAUCACUUUGGAGCAGCGAAACAGGUUCUUCGAUACAUUGCUGGAACAAUGGAGUAUGUAAUUUGGUACUCUAAAGUAUCCAAUUUCAAGCUAUGUGGAUUCACGGACAGUGACUGGGCGAGUUCGUUGGAUGAUAGGCAGAACGUAUCAGCAAAUAUGUUUACUCUAGGAUCGGGAGUAAUCACCUGGAGUUCAAAGAAACAAGCCAUGACGACAUUGUCGUCUUCGGAAGCAAACUACGUCGCAGCAACUUCAACCACGUGUCAAGCAAUUUGGCUAAGAAGAAUAUUAGUGGAGCUUCAACAGGAGCAAGAGGGAGCAACAGAGAUAUUCUGCGACAACAAAGCAACGAUCUCAAUGACGAAGAAUCCAACAUUUCAUAGCAGGACGAAGCACAUUGAUAUUCAUUUACAUUUCAUCAGUGAUUUGGUUACGAAGGGAGACAUUGCUCUGAAGUAUUGUAGCAUGCACAAACAAUGGGCCGACAUACUUACGAAGUCUUAGUCAAAGGAGAAAUUUUGUUACUUUGGAGCGUUGCUUGGAGUUUGCAAAUUUGAAUCAAGAGAGAGUAUUGAAGGAAUUAUUCAA